CAAACAUGAUAAAAUCAUUGUUCUACACUUUCCUUCAAACGAAACACCAAGAAGAAAGCAACAACUCAAGAGAUCCUAAUUAUCCUCUAUUUCCUCAAGAGAUCGAGAUUCGACCCAUAGCUUAUUUCCCUUGGGAAAUCAUCAAAACUCUAACAACCGAUGAAAUCAUAAGUAAGUUCCAACUUCCAAUGGAAAAAAUCCGAGAUACCAUGCUUAGACAUGCUUCAGAAGAAGACAUAUAUCGCACAAAAUUUAUGAGUUGUGAGACCAAUAUAUUGGUAAAAGAUCUCGACACAAACACUAUCCAUCAAGGUAAAUUGUGGAAGCAUCCAUGCGAAAAUAAUUUUGCAUUGCGUGAAUCUUGGAUCGAAGAAUUUGUGAAGAGGAGGAGGCUUGUGGUUGGCAUGGUGGUUGGUAUGUAUUGGGAUUUUGAGGCCUGCAUGUUUUGUUUCUCUGUGUUAGAUGGAAGACAAUGAAUCUAAAGAUUCAAAUUAUUAUUUAGGUUUGGGGGGGGGGGGGGGGGGA